UAUUUACUCUUUUUUUCCCGGUUUCUUUACAUUUUUUGUGCUAUUAAAGGAGUGCAUGAUUUAGAGAUGCAAAUGAAAAACUAAUUACUUCUAUUCUGACUAAGUAAAACAUUUUGGUGAAAUCAAGAAUCUGCAUUUUUAAUUUGUGCACAACCAAGCAUCUUCAUGCCUGUUUUACAGUGACUACAGAUAAUAGAAAUAGAAAUGCCUGAUGGAACUGUUUUUCUUUUUCUGUUUUUGAUCAUUCUGUCUUCUCUUUAUCAUAAAUUGUUUUUUAUAAGCAAUAAAUAUUCUCUUUUGAUUCUGUUUCCGUUUUCAAGAUUUGAUUUCCUGAAGUAUUGUAACCACCUUCUAUUAAUUUAUGCAUAUCAUUUCUUACUGUAUUGGAUAAAAAAUGACCUCUAGGCUGUUUAAACCCUGAUAUCUCACGCUAAUUCCGUUGAGGUGCCGAGCACUUUGUUUUGCUGUUUUAGAUGAUUUUUUUUCCCGUUUGAUUAAGACUGCUGUUUUUUUUUUAAUGCAAAAAAGAAAAUAAUUAUUGGUUACUCUAAAAUCAGUAGUGUUCAAAAACACUUAAAUAUUGUUUUUCUAAAUUGUAAUUUUGGCAUUUGUAUUGUUUGGUUGCUUUUGUUGCGUGAGUCUACUAUAACUAUGAUUGCAAUUAGCUGGAGAAAUCCCUAUCUUUAAGGAUUUAGUUUGGCAAGAAAAGAAAAGGGAAAUGAGCCUGGAAGAGAUUAAUUUACAUUUUGUGACAUGGUAGCUUAAAUUUCUACGUCAGCGGUCUGCUUGGAAACCUGAUGAUAUUGCAAUCCACACAGAAAUCCUAUGAUGUUGAUCAGAAUAAAUUGAAAUCCCUGACUGGUGGCUCAUCGAAUUGACUCCCUAAUCCAUGUGAGCAAUCCAAAGUGAAAUGUCCCCAUCCAAUGGCUCACCAGAAUCUGGGACUCCAUUUGGUGAGCUGUUGUGAGUAUUGGCUUUGAUGUUUGAAUGCACUUGCCUGUGUUUGGUGCUUAUUUGGAUCCAAAGGUGGCACUCCAAUAUAAUUGAUUUCCGGCUUCCGCCUGAUCUUUAUGAGCAGAAGUGGAAUUAAUGGAGAUUGAUAAGGAAAGUAAUAGAAGCACGCCUAGGGAAAGGGAAAACAUUUUGAAUCUAAGGCCAGUUGCACCUGAUGAAUGUGGUGAAGGUUUGCCAUAUGCUCCCGAGGAUUGGCCAAAUCUUGGUGAUACGUGGACCUGGAGGGUUGGGAGGCGAGUUGCCAUUACUGGCCAUUAUUUGGAUAGAUACCUUUACCUUCCAAUUCGUCUUUGUCAUCUUGAGAAUACAACACGUAAGAAACAUGGUUUUGCCAGCAAGCUUUCAGUUGAGCGAUAUAUCCGAUCUGUAUUUCCUAAUGCAGACAUUGGUAAAUUUUUUGCUUCAUUCAGUUGGAAGAUCCCAUCAAAGCAAUCCUCCAUAAAUGGUAAUGUCGAGGGGCACUUUUUUUUCCCUGUACCUUCUGAAGAGACAGCUGAACUUUUUCUGUCUGAUUCCCAGCAUGAUAGUGCGGGUUGUAAAGCUGGAAAUAAGAUGUGCACCAGUCUUGGGUUACAAACUGAAAAUCAACCCAUGGCUGCCAUGUCUUGCGAUAUAUGUUGCAGUGAACCUGGUUUCUGCGGUUAUUGCUGCUGCAUCCUCUGUUGCAAAACUAUAAGCUCAAAACAUGGAGGUUACAGCUACAUAAAAUGUGAAGCAAUUGUGAGUGAGGGUCAUAUAUGUGGCCAUGUUGCUCACAUGAAUUGUGCUCUUCGGACCUAUAUGGCUGGCACUGUGGGAGGAAGCAUCGGUCUGGAUGCUGAGUAUUACUGUCGGCGCUGUGAUGCAAGGACAGACCUAGUGCCACAUGUUACAAGGCUUUUGCGAACUUGCGAAACUGUUGAUUCCCAGGAUGAAAUAGAGAAAAUAUUAAAUCUUGGUUUCUGCAUUUUGCGAGGUUCACAGAGAGCUGAUGCAAAGGGAUUGCUGAAACGCAUUGAGGUAGCCAUCACGAAGCUUAAAUGUGGGACUAUUCUUGAAGAUAUCUGGAAAGUGGAAGGGGAAGUCUCAGCCAUUUUGCCUGCCGUCUCUCCCAAUGGAAAUGCAAUGCUGGAAGUUAGUAAUCAUCAAGACAUUCUGGACUUUAGAAAGAGCUCACCAGAUGUGUCCAUGUCUUCUGAUAGCCAGACUGAAUCUCUGAAACUUGAGGAUGAGAUCAAUCAGGUCCUCCAGGCACUACAGGUUUCACAGGAAGCUGAGUACAAAAUUGCAGAGGAACGACUUUAUGCUCAAAAGAAAUAUCUUCAGAACCUUUACCAGCAGUUGGACAAAGAGAGGUCUGAAUUGGCACGUCGCACGUUGAUAACCAACCCAGAUGAUUUGCUGAGUGCUGUGUUGAGCAGGGUGGACCAGAUAAAGCGGGAAGUGACAAAACUCAAGGAUAUGGAAGAAGUGGCCAAUGGAUUUGGAAGGACCUCAAAAGAUAUUCUUAAGGAACACUUUGGUUUGGAAGUUGAGAAAUGAGGUUUUUCUUCGUCAGGGGUUCAUCAAAUUUUGAUGGUGCGCUGUCUGCCUUCAUUCUUGAUCUGAUCAGCUGUAUAUUUUCAAAGUGUACAUGCUGUGGUACUUUCAUCUGCAGACACGUGAAUGAGCACACAUGCAGAGAUUCAGUUCUGUCAAGGAGGAACUUUAGGUGCUCAACAAGACAGGAUGGAAUUUGGGUGAUUCAAGUGAUCUUGGUGCCUUGAUGCUGAAUCAACAGUGAUUCAGGCUAAUGCUGAAUCAAACAAAGUAUGAUACACAAUAAGAAGUAAACACAGUUAAGAUUUGUAGAUUUGACCAGGAUUUGGAAAUACCUACAAGGACUCAACACACAGGCCUAGAAAUUGGGAAUUGGAUGACUUAUCUACAACUUUAAUACCGUUUUAUUCUGUUGUUGGUUCUAUCCGUCAGCUGGUGAAUAAUAACGCAUGAAUCUGUCGCAGAUGAAGCUGCAUGUGUAUGGUACAUAUGAGGAUUGGCCAGACAGGUUGUGAAAUGACCAGCGCCAACAUUUCUUUUCAAUCUCUGUAGUCUUAGCUUGAAUCCCAUCUUGAUAUGUUGUCAAAUGAAUCUCCACUUGAUGAUGUGGGUUUCUAGAGUGCUCGAUUUAUUUGAUUAUA